UUCUUGUCUUCCUAUUGGCCAGUGAGGCUGUGAGGUCACGGCAUGUGGAUUACUACGUAUCCCAUGAUGCUAUCUGCCAGGCCGGGCUACUUCCUGCUGCUGCUCAGCUUCCUGCUCCUCGCCGACGCAGACUCGCCACCAAAGUUCACACGGACCCCAGAGGACCAGACCGGGGUGCAGGGAGGGGUUGCCUCCUUCGUCUGUCAGGCCACUGGAGACCCUCCGCCCAACAUAGUCUGGAACAAGAAGGGCAAGAAGGUCCAGAACCAGAGAUUUGAGGUAAUUGACUAUGAGGAUGGUUCUGGAUCUGUUCUGAGGAUCCAACCACUGAGGACUCCUAGAGAUGAGGCUGUCUAUGAGUGCCACGUCUCCAACCCUGCAGGAGAGAUCACUGCACUCUGCAGACUCAACGUUUUACGGGAGGACCAGCUCCCCUCGGGGUUUCCCACCAUAGACAUGGGUCCCCAGCUGAAGGUGGUGGAACGCUCUAGAACGGCCACCAUGCUGUGUGCUGCUAGCGGCAACCCCGACCCAGAAAUCACCUGGUUUAAAGACUUCCUCCCUGUCAACACCACCAAUAACAACGGGCGAAUCAAACAGCUCCGUUCAGAGUCCUUUGGUGGCACGCCUAUAAGAGGUAAGAGACGAUUGUCUGGGAGGACCGCGCACAGAAUCAGGCUGUUUCCCAAAUGGCACUAG